GAUAGAAGCACAGAGGGGAAAGAGAGCGAGGAAGGCAGAUCCUGCUCGUGCCUACUCGAGCUCUCUUUCAGCACCAAGGACAGAACCUCUCGGCGGGUGACCCUAGCAACGUUUAGUUUAGCAUCCCUCCCAAAUCCUCUAGAAAAAAACGGAUGCAUUCAUAAGCAGCUGUAAAACAUGCACCAAGGUCUAGUAGGGUAGCUGGAAAAGCAGCACACAAGUAAUUUCACCUGAGAGGCAAAAAUGGGUGAUUUUCUUUCUGUUCAGGUACAUAGUUUCCGUGUCCUGGGAAAGGCAAAGUUUGCCUUGCUUGGGUAUGUCUGCUGUCAGUAAAUGGCUGCGGGGACUCAAGUGCUAAACUCCACAGUCUCAGAAAUCAGAGGAAAUUUUCAGGGAUACCCUUUGGGGUCACGCUCCUCCUUCUGGGCUAUGGCACCUUUAAGCCAGCUGAGUAGCCACCUGAACUAUACCUGUGGGGCAGAGAACUUCACCGGUGCUGACCGGGCCCGUCCACAUGCCUACUACGCCCUCUCCUACUGUGUGCUCAUCCUGGCCAUCAUCUUUGGCAAUGGCCUGGUGUGUGUGGCUGUGCUGAGGGAGCGGGCCCUGCAGACCACCACCAACUACCUGGUGGUGAGCCUGGCCGUGGCAGACCUGCUGGUGGCCACCCUGGUGAUGCCCUGGGUGGUGUACCUGGAGGUGACAGGUGGAGUCUGGAAUUUCAGCCGUGUUUGCUGUGAUGUUUUUGUCACUCUGGAUGUCAUGAUGUGUACGGCCAGCAUCCUGAACCUCUGUGCCAUCAGCAUUGACAGGUACACUGCAGUGGUCAUGCCUGUUCACUACCAGCAUGGCACAGGGCGGAGCUCCUGCCGGCGUGUGGCCCUCAUGAUCACAGCUGUCUGGGUGCUGGCCUUUGCUGUGUCCUGCCCUCUCCUCUUUGGCCUCAACACCACAGGGGACCCCAGCAUCUGCUCCAUCUCCAACCCUGAUUUUGUCAUCUACUCUUCAGUGGUGUCCUUCUAUCUGCCCUUCGGAGUCACUGUCCUUGUCUAUGCCAGGAUCUACGUGGUGUUGAGACAAAGGAGACAGAAACGGAUCCUUACUCGGCAGAACAGUCAGUGCAUCAGUGUCAGGCCCAGCUUCCCUCAACAACCCCUCUCUCCUGGCCGGCCACACAUGGAGCUAAAGCGCUACUAUAGUAUCUGCCAAGAUGCUGCCUUGGAUGGACCAGGCUUCCAGGAAAGAGAAGGAGAACUGAAAAGGGAGGAGAGGAGUCGGAAUUCCCUAAGCCCCACCAUAGCACCCAAGCUCAGCUUAGAGGUCCGAAAGCUCAGCAAUGGCAGGUUAUCAACGUCCCUGAAGUUGGGGCCCCUGCAACCUCGAGGAGUGCCACUUCGGGAGAAGAAGGCAACCCAGAUGGUAGUCAUUGUGCUUGGUGCUUUCAUUGUCUGCUGGCUGCCCUUCUUCUUGAUUCACAUUCUCAAUACCCACUGUCAAGCAUGCCACGUGUCCCCAGAGCUAUACAGUGCCACAACAUGGCUCGGCUAUGUGAACAGCGCUCUCAACCCGGUGAUCUAUACCACCUUCAAUGUCGAGUUUCGCAAAGCUUUUCUCAAGAUCCUGUCUUGCUGAAAGAGGAAAGGAGUAAAUACUGCCUGUACCCCAUUUCUACCUGCCAUCCUGUGGGGCCUCU